UUGUAUUCUUAAAAUUAUUUUAUUGAAGUAAAUUUUGAUCUUUGUCUAAAAUAUUUAUCGAACAUCAUAGUUGACUGUUGUAUUUUUCAUUCUCAAUCAUAAUUUCAGCGAUUUGUGCAUAGAUUCUAUAGAAAUUUGAAGAUAAAUUCCAUAAGGUUAAGAUUGAACAUGCCUUGUAUUUUGGGCAAGGUGCUUCGUGAACAUUCACGAUGACACCUAAUCGUACAAGGCUAUAUAAAUUCCUUGUUUAAUCCCGGAAUUCACAAAUUGAAUUAUCCGAUUCAUGGCAAGGAAACAUUAGAUCGAUUAAAUAUUUCUCAUUGAUAUUUUUGUUCACGUUGAAACAUUGUUUGAAUAUCAUUGAUAUCUUCCAGUGAAAACUCAUCAAGAUGGUUAACGGGCGGAUACCCUCAGUCCACUCGAAAACAUACGUUACCCCUAGACGUCCCUAUGAAAAGGCCCGUCUGGAUCAGGAAUUGAAAAUUAUCGGCGCCUUUGGUUUACGAAACAAACGUGAAGUGUGGAGAGUAAAGUACACUUUGGCCAAAAUCCGUAAAGCUGCUCGUGAACUGCUCACCCUAGAAGAAAAAGAGCCUAAAAGAUUGUUUGAAGGUAAUGCACUUCUACGUCGUUUGGUGCGAAUUGGUGUACUUGAUGAGAACAGGAUGAAGCUUGAUUAUGUUUUGGGUCUGAAGAUUGAAGAUUUCUUGGAAAGAAGGCUCCAAACUCAGGUGUUCAAAUCUGGUCUGGCAAAGUCAAUUCAUCAUGCUAGAGUACUGAUUAGGCAGAGACACAUCCGGGUGCGCAAGCAGGUGGUGAACAUCCCCUCGUUCAUCGUGCGGCUGGACUCGCAGAAGCACAUCGACUUCUCCCUGAAGUCGCCCUUCGGGGGUGGCCGUCCUGGUCGUGUCAAGAGGAAGAACCUCACCAAGAAGACGGGCGGCGCUGCUGCCGAAGAGGAGGAAGAUUGA